AUGUUCGACUGGGCUGGUUUGCUGCUUCGAUUAAUCUACUAUUAUGGCCUCGCGAUUGGAGUUAGUAACUUUGAAGUCGACUGGCGGACGGGAUGUUUUUGGAUAUCUGCCAUCAUUAAUCUGGCCACAACGCAGUAUUUUCAGGUGAUGUUGUGCGUUCGGGCACAAUAUCACCUGCUUAACGCAGAGCUAAAAAAGGUGAUCGAGGAAAUCAUGAAUCUAAGUUACAAUCCCUCCCGAAAAGGAGCCUUCAUGACCAGAUGCUGUGACCUGGCUGAUCAGCUGGAGAAUAUAGCCAAGCUCCAGAGUCAGCUGAACUCGAUUGUGGUCCAGUUGGAUGCGAUAUUUGGAAUACAAAAGUUGUUUUAUUACUGCUGUUACUACGUAUCCGCACUGGUCAAGUGUUACUCAAUCUACAACGGCUUGAAGUAUGGCCCCAGGGAACUAGGAAUGAAUUUGAUAACUUGUAUCCUAGGAUAUACAUGGAGUAUAUUCUUCCAUAUGGAUGCUAUUCAAGCCGCCUUAAUAAUAUUUCAAGUCCAAGAUGCUGAGCAAGAGAUGAUUCAACUCCUUAAUGAACGAACUUUAUUUGCCUCUGGAUUGGAUGCGCGGUUGGAGGAGUCUUUUGAGAGCUUCCAACUGCAGCUGAUACGAAACCGUUUAAAGUCGAAUGUACUUCAGCUAUUUCCCACCGAUCGCAAUUCAACGUGGUCCAUGUAUGCAUCUAUUUUAUUGCAUUUUAUAUAUCUAGUGCAAUAUGAUCUGGAAUACUUUAGAAGAAAUUAA